AUGUACCUGUCCUGUGUCUGGACGUCCCUGGAAGAUCUCUCUGUGACUCUGGAGGAGAAAAAGAGAACCGGAGGAGAUGUAGCGUUGCGGAAGGCUGUUUGGAUUAAAAAAUCCACACCAUCUGAGAAGACAGAAACGGUUGAAUUAAAUGUCCAGACGACCAUAACAGUGACAGACACUGAUGGACAGGAGGUUCAAGAGAAAAGGAGAGACUCUGUGGCACAAAACAACACCCAGGAUGUGAAUAAUGAAGAGGAGGAUGAGGAAGAUGUGAAUGCAGAAGAGAAAGGAGAGCAGGAGAAUGCGGAUGAAGAGAAGGACAUACAAGAGGCACAAAACAAAGAAGCUGGACCAAAAGAGAAUAACACACAGGACACAAAUGAGAUAACAGCACUACUGGUCAACAAAACCCCAAUUCCAGUCAUUGCAACAAAAUCAGGCCCAACACCCAGGAGAGUUCCAAAAUUUAAACAGAGGGCAUCCAGACAGUUUAAAAGUAAACCUCCAAAGAGGGGCGUUCUAGGAUUCGGAGAUGACAUUCCAGGCAUGGAAGGACUAGGUACAGAUAUAACAGUCAUAUGCCCAUGGGAAGCUUUCAGCCAUUUGGAGCUGCAUGAACUGUCUCAGUAUGGAAUAAUCUGAAGAAAGGAUUUAAUCAGUACACAGAUUUUUUUUCUCUUUCCCUCUUGUUGGAUGUCCAGGUUCUGUUAUUUUAGAAUUUGUUUAUUCAAAGUACACCCGUUAUCUACAGGUAAAGGCAGCAGCCAUUUUGUAAGUUGGACCACUACUGACCAAACAACUAACCUAAAUUAGUGACACCAUCAAAACACUAAUAAUGAAUAAUGUAACUAAUAUCCAGUAGACGCUAAACUUAACCCACCUGACACGGUUUCCUCGCGAAUUAAUUGGCUGCGUUGUGAUUACUAGUAGAUGCCACAAAAUGGCCACCUCCAGACCCUAUCGGUAACUGUUGUUGCUUUGUAAGGAAAGAUGUGUAAACAAAAUGAACAUUUCGGAAUAAAAAACGAACUUUUGUCUAGAUUGUGGAAUCUCAGCAUACACGCCGGCAGACCCACCAUCGUGAUGGCCGGGUGGCCGAUCCAGGUAAACAUAUACACUUACCGCUCGGCGUGUAGUCAUUACGUCACAGCUGCCUGUCCAGCUUUGACUUCAAUUCCUGCAGCAAGUACGCAUACCCAGAUGCGUCUGUGUAUCCGGAAAUAUAUCGUUCGCAAUAAGUGUAAGCGAUGUUGUUCACAGACAUUAUUAUUAUUAUUAUUACCAGUUAUUUAUAUAGCGCACACAUAUUCCGCAGCGCUGUACAGAGAAUAUUUGCCCACUCACAUCAGUCCCUGCCCCAGUGGAGCUUACAUUCUAUAUUCCCUACCACAUGUACACAGACACAUUCAUACUAGUGUUAAUUUUUUGUUGGGAGCCAAUUAACCUACCAGUAUAUUUUUGGAUUGUGGGAGGAAACCGGAGUACCCGGAGGAAACCCACGCAAGUACGGGGAGAAUAUACAAACUCCGCACAGUUAGGGCCAUGGUGGGAAUCGAACCCAUGACCUCAGUGCUGUGAGGCAGUAAUGCUAACCAUUACACCAUCCGUACUGCCCCAGACAUAUAAUUUGUUCACGCCUAACAAUCAGUAAACAAUAUAUGGUCCGUUCAACUGAAACCCCAGGGAUUGGCAAGCUGAAGUGUGCGAAAAGUGACCCGUUUCGGCACCCAAACGGCACUUUUCACGUUCCGCCCAGCACAUUGAUCGGGUUUAGCUGCUUACGCGGCUCUAGCAGAGGGAUUUGGCAAGAUAUCCUGAAUAAGAUAAUUUACUUAACACAAACCCCCAACUUAUUUUGGCUGUUAAGUGCCCCAUACAC